AUACGGAGACUUCAGUGAGGUUUGUACCGUGAGAGUGUGCGUGUCGUUGGUGAGACGAUGAGCAAUUAGGUGGAUGUGAAGUUAUAUUGGAUAAAUUGAAAAAUAGUGGUGGAUUUUAAAUUAAAUAAUAAAUAGGAAUUUUGUGAAUAAGUGCCCAAGUGAAGAGAGAAAUAAAUUUUUAAUUUACCUGGUGCUUUGUUGGCAUUUUUUCAACAUGACCCGUGGAUUUCUUUUAAUAGCCCUAUUGUUUCUCUUCAUCUCGCAAAUGGACGCCUUGACUCUUGAGGAAAAAAUUCGCGAUGAUCCGGACCUAUCACAGUUUUAUUCAUUACUCGAAAGGAAUCAAAUUGCAAGCACGGCACUCAACUUCCGGGCGUUGACUCUCUUUGCACCCACCAAUAAAGCAUUCCAGCGCUAUUUUGGGAAUAAAACCUAUGUCCUGUACCACAUGUUAACUGUGGCAAGUACUUUGGAGCAAUUGAAACCAUCUGUGACUUCGGAUAUGGAAGGAAAUCCCCCGUUGUACAUAACAAGGAGAAGACACCAAAAUAUAGAUCAGAUAUUUGUCAAUAAUGCACUAAUUAUAAAGUCACGAUCCAAUGUACAGCUCAUUAAUAAGGAAGGAAAAAAGCAAAUUUUACAUGUGAUUGAUGAUGUCCUGCAACCAUUAACAACAAUCCCAUCAUCAACGGUGGACGUCCACAAUCCCGAUGCAUUCCAAUUCCUCACGUUUUCCGAAAGUUUGGACAUCGGACAGCACAGGGUACGAUCCUAUAGGCAGAAAGUGAUUCUGCACAAGAAGGAGUAUCUGUACCAAACUCCAGGAGCACAUACGUUUUUAAUUCCUGUCGAGGAGGGGUUCAAAUCACCCCAUAGACCCGAUAUGAUUGACCGAAAAGUCGUCGAUGGGCACAUUAUACCGAAUAGGACGGUAUUCACAGCGGCAGCUCCGCUCGAUGAACCCCUCCCGACAGCUGCCUUUGAAGACAAUUUGAAAGUGUUGAUCACAUUCUUUUCCCAGACGGAUGGGAAGAAUAUAAAAACGUACGUAAAGUCACAGACACUCAUUGGUGAUUCUGUGCAUGCUCCUGGAGUGGUGCUCUCAGAAAUUGUGAGAGCCAACAUCCCCGUGGAAAAUGGGGUGGUGCACUUGAUUCAGCGACCAUUAGUCAUAGUCGACACCAAUGUGAUUCAAUUUCUCGAGGAAAAGGAGGAUGGGCCACUUUCGAAAUUCUUCGAAGUCAUUCAAGAUUUUGGCUCGGAAUUCGUUCAGCAGAUUCGUCGGAUGAAGGAUGUGACCCUCUUUGCGCCAAGCAAUGAAGCUUGGAGUGAUUCCAAUUUGAACAACAUCAUCCGGAAUCGGGAACGCAUGAGAGAAAUCCUCAACCUUCACAUUGUCCGCGAUAGACUCAACACGGAUAAAAUUAAAACAAAUAAUCUCAAUCAGAUUAAUCAAGUUCCAACACUGGUGGAUCGACGAUUUCUCUACUUCAAUAUUUUCACAAAUCGUGACCGAAAUCAGACGAUAACAGUGGAGGGUGGUGGUGUGAAUGCCACAAUAAUUCAAGCGGAUAUUGCGGCUACAAAUGGUUUCGUUCACAUCAUUGAUAAAGUUUUAGGUGUACCGUAUUCUACAGUUUUGGAUAAAUUGCGAACGGAUCCAAUGCUAAAAUACACAUUCAACAUUGGAAGUCAUGGGAGAUUCAACGAGCAGCUGGCGGAGAAAACCAAGAGAUUUACAUAUUUUGUACCGAGAGAUAGAGCUUGGAAAAAUUCAGAAGCUGUCUACCCUAAUGCUCUUCAGAAGCUCUUCCAGCGAGAAUAUGCACAACAAGCUACUGAAAUAUUAGGACGUCACCUCAUCGUUGGGGACAGAGCCUUCACAAUGGGGGAGUUGCGACAAUUUGCCAAUCAAACGGCUGAAUUGCCUACGGUGAGAGGAAUGCUGAGGAUUCGUGUUAAGGAGGAAGAUAGACCGGAGGAGUACUAUUUGCAACCACAUAGUUUUGGCUACUCAAUUCUCUACAACAAUCGGUGGAUUCAAGUUUAUCGGCCAGAUGUGGAGUGCACCAAUGGUAUUAUUCACGUUAUCGACUUUCCCCUUUUGGAUGACACAGAUUCCAUAAUUAGUGGAGCAUCAUCAAAAUAUCUACCGCUCUCCUCGUUGGCACACCUCCUCCUCGCCCUCCUGCUUAUGAGGUUCCUCAUUUAAGUUAUGUUCUAAUGUGCGCGACAAAUUGCCAAUUGAUAUUAUAUGGUACACGAAAGCGGAAAAAAAUAAAAUCAUGAAAGACUAAACGAGGGAUAACCCAGGGACUUUGUGGGAGGACGCGGUUGAGUGCAAAAUAAUAUGUGUGCGGGCAUUCCUAUCAUGAAAAUUCUCGGGAUAAAUAAAUAAGUAGUUUAUCAACAAAUUCUCAUACAUAAUCAUGAUCGUCGUGUGGAAAUUUAACUUGAAUGUGCUUCAAUGCCAAAAAUACAAGAAAGCAUUACUUCACAUCUAAAGAGAUUACGAUGACAGUCUAUCAGGAAAAUCAUCUCGGAUUAGGGAUAGUGAAGAGGAUGAUAAUGUGCUAACAUAUAAGUAUCGUCCUGUGAAACGCACAAUCGACACAUUGUGAGGAUGUUUUUGGUGGAUAAAAUAUUUGGCAAUGGGGUAAAAGCUUCCCUAUUUGCCCAGGGUUUUCUUUGUCAAUAACUCUUAUCGUACUCCUCAAUGAGAGAGUUCUAUAUAUGUGGAGAUAUAUAUGUGGGAUGUGUGUAGUACCAAGGAAGAGGCGACAUAGCAGCAUUUGUGUCAAUAUUUCGACAUGCUUCAGGAAGAAAAGGCAUGCUUUUGAGACGCUUUGCGGGAAACUAAUAUUUAAUUUAUAUACGCGACGAAUUAUUUAUAAUAUGUAUGUGAGUUGUAUUUUCUUUAUAUAACCUUCCUCUAUAUUUACAUUUUAAAGUUUCUUCUAUUAUGUAGGGGACUUUUGUCCCGGGGAGAAUUGAGUGAAUUUUAUUUGUACAAAAAUAAGGAAAUAAAAGAGUUGAGUGUGGCUAUUUUUAAUCCGAGAUGAAUUUAUACUUAAUGUUAUAAUUCUAAAUUCAUGAGAAUAAUAUUACAUCUUAAAAUUAAGAACUUGUUCCUUUGAAAUUGGGCAAAAUACUGCAAUUUUCCCAAUUUUGAAUGUUUAUUUUUAUGGAAAACUUUUCAAUAUAAAAAAUAUUUUUAGUAUUAAUCCUGUGAAAUUAAUCUAAUAAAUUCAAACAAUUCUCUGUGUUUUUCCUGGUUUAUUGCGAAGCAUUUUUGCCCAAUUUCAUGUUCAAGUUAUUUCAUAGAAUUUUCGUACAAACUCAAAUUGGCAAUGAUUUUUAUCUCCAAAUUCAAGUGAAAAUUAUAAGAUUAAAAAAAUUAUAGGUCAUCAAAUUAAAUUUAUAUACAAUCAAAACUAGUCUCGAAAUUGAAGAUUGAAUUGCCAAUUUGAAUUUUAUUAAAAUAAGAAAAAAGAUUUUGUAUAAAGACCAAUUUUUUUCAUUAUUUUAAAAACGUUUGAUGACAAAGAAAAAAAAAUGAAUCUCCUACCCACUUCUUAUGGCGGGUUUUACAUGUUCUUACAACAAAAGAUAAGUAUGAAAAGAAAAUGCUAAAUAUUAAAAAGAAAUAAAAACAUGAAAAAUGCUGGGAAAUUAGAAAUUAUGAUAUCUAAAAGUAAAAUAUACAUAGGUAUUAUAGAGAGAUGUGUGGAUGGUAUAUUUUAGAGUAAAAAAAAUUAGUGAAAAAAAAUAUGAGAAAAAUGCAUUUAGAUAUUUACGAAAAGUUAAUGAAAAACAAAAGAUAUUAGAAGAUAGAAAAAGAAGAAAAAAAGAAACAUAGAAUACUGUCCCCGAUCUUUUAUAAAAUGUAUCUCAUUUCAAAAAUUGUAAUGCUUUUAUAAGAGUCUAGUUUUAGUUAUGAUCUAAAAGAAAAAAAAACAAAAAUAUAUAAAAAGGCAGAUGUAUCUAAUAUCUAUUUUUAAUAGUAGAUUAGAAAUUACGAAAUAAAAAAAUCAUGUUGUUCAUUAAUAGAGAAAAUGAAUUUAGUGUAAUGUGAUUUAAAAGAAAUUGGCUUAAACCAUCUCAUAGAGGUAGUUAAAAAUUAAUAUUUCAUAAAUUACAAAAUGUUCACUUCCAGAAAAUAUUAUAAAUUGACCUACAUGAACCACAUAAGAACCCUUAAACUGCUUUAGUGCCUCAUCACUGUUUCUGUAUAACGUCUAUAUAAAAUAAAUAUAAUAUGGAAUGAAAUCAAAUACAUAUAGCAAAAAUAUGAUGUACGUAUUAUAGAAGAAAAGUUACUGAUGGAGAGAAAAAAAAAAUAGGUAUUUAACGUGUUGGUGUCAGGGGGCAAAAAUUUUAUAAAUGAUAUUUAUUGAUUUUGAAAUAUUCAAUUGCAUCACCCGCGUCAGAAUUUCCCCAUUCAAUUUCCCGCAAUAACACCAUAAAAUUAUGAGAAACACGCGUAUCAUUCAAUUGGAUUAUUAAUCAACGUAAAUCUAAUAAAUUUUGCGUACUGUGAUUAACAAUUUUCAAUACAAUACAACAAAAGGGGAUGAAAUUUUCCAAAUUUGCAUACACAUUCGACCGCAAAUAUUUUCUUUAUAAUACAAUUUUUAUUUAAAGUGAACUGUGGACCUAAUUUUUUAAACACGGAAAUAUCAGUAAUUCUUUAAAAAAAAUACUCCGAGAUUUAGAAUUUUCUACUCUAUUUACAAAAGAACUUUUUACUAUACCUACAUAUUUUUCUUUGAAUUUAAAAGGAAAACAAAAGAUCUUACUGGAUGUGGUCCCAUAUCAAGAUUAAAACAUGAAGUGAUUACGUUUCAUCAUUAGUUUAAAUAAAAACAGAAUCUCAAGACAUAAAUGAAAAAAUUGGAAGAAAAUUUAUAAAAGUCCAAAUAAAAUUUUCUCGUCAUGAAAAUUUCUCUUUUAGUGAAAUAUGUUGAAGAUGUGGAGCAACAUAAAUUUAAUUUUUGUCACCAAAGGGUGUAAUAGAAGAAAAUUGAUAUGAAAGGGAAAAUUAUGUAAAAUCAAGACUCUCUCGGUACUGCCUGUCUGUUGUACUUACAGUAUAAAACCACCCCCCAUUGUCUUCAAUAGCAAUUUGAGGGCACUGAAGGAGGGAUGAAGAAAUUGUUACAAAGUGGUAGCAAAUGGGUAAUGCAAUGGGAUAUUUAUUGCAUUGACGAGACUCUCGAGAGAAGCUAAAUCCCACCCCUGGAUAGGCGUUAAAGUGUAGAUCAUUGAGCUUUACCAAAAAUGUCCCUCAUCAAUUUUCCACCAUGCAUCGUCCAACCACCAUUGAACAUUUUGUAGUACUAACUCCCCCCUUCCCAACAGGGAAAUACGAUAUAAUAAAAAAACAAAAAAAAAUCCCAGUGUCUUUUGCUCUGUGUUCGGGACAUUUAAGUAAAUUUAUCGUACAAAUUGAACUGUUACAUUCACAACAUUUUUAUGUUUCGGUGUUGUUUUUCCCAUGAGACGGAGGUACAUUCAUAAUUUCAGGGUGAUGAAAAUUCCAAAAUACAUACCUUUUUAUAUAAAAUGAAAAUAGAGAUGUUUUUUGGGGGAGAAAACUUUUACAUUUAAGUGCCGAAUAUAAGUUUUUAAUGUAUGACAAUUGUGUUUGUAAAAAUAACUGAAAAGCUGAUGAAAUAAAAUCUCGUAAUGUG